AUGUCCGACGUUAUCCAGGAUACGCUGCUACAACGUCUUUCAGAAUUUCUGACCACCUAUGGUCCCCUCCCAGCCGAUAUAGACUUCGGCGAAGAACUUACAGAGGCUCAUGGUCUUAUUGCUGACUGUUUGGAGGCUCUUACCAAGCCUCUUGACACCCCCGCGCCACUAGAACCCGUUAUCGAUACGGCUCCAUCAGCAAAAAAUGGGUUUCCCCAAGACGAAUUCCGGCACCCAGAUGCCCAAAUUCGUCUUUUGCCCCCAAGACCUCGUCUUUUGGCUCUGGGAUCUCGUCGUAUGUCCCGCUAUUUUUGGCCGCCCGUCAUUCGACCACAAAACGUUGUCCAUUCAGAGCUCCAAUUACGAAACCGGUCGUGCGACCUCAUUAGCUCGUCUUUUGAAUCAAUCUAUCCUACGCUCGUCUUAUGCCAAAUGUCCCCGUCUUCACUACCCGUCAAAAGACGAAGAUGGCUCAAUUGGGAAAUCCUCGUCAUUUGA